AGGUACGAGUAUUUAGUUUUAGUCUGCUGCUGCUGAGAGUGCUGCACGCAGUCUCGUUACAAAAAAAAACGCGCUAACAUAUUAUAUAUAAGGUACAUUACCUAAGUUUACAACUUUAAACGUCCCGUUUACGUCCGCAAACUCGCAUCGGUUUUUUCAAUACCUUUUUCAGUUUUUUAAUUUUUAAUUUUAAUUUUUAACAGUUGUCAAUCGAUACCAUUUGAACGCCUUUUAUAAAAAAUAAUAUAACUAACAGUUUCAAAAUGCACAAUUUAAUAGGAAGCAAAUUUAAGGGCCACUGUAGACAAUUAUUCGCAGCAAUUACAGUGAAUCUCGUUACGUUUUCAUUUGGACUUUACACGGGAUGGACUUCGACGGUUGCGCCCAUACUGCAAAACUAUACCACGACUCCACUGGACCAUGGUCACGUGCUGACGGACAACUCUAUAUCUUGGGCCUGCAGCUGGGGUAUGCUCAGCGCCAUACUGGGCACGUUUUUCUGGGGCAUGUUGGCGGACAACUACGGCCGGAAGACGACCGGUUUCCUGACCAUGUUACCGUACCUGGUCAGCUGGAUCAUCCUGAUGGCAGUCAAGACGGAGACGGCGCUGAUGGUGUCCCGGUUCCUGGGCGGUCUGGGGGCCAGCGGGGCGGCCAUCAACUGUCCCAUGUUCGUGGGUGAAGUGAGCGAGGAGGCCAUGAAGGCCGGCYUAGGCUCGUUAUUCAUACUCAUGUACAACAUCGGCGUACUUUACGUGUACGUGUUCGGCGUGGUGGUCGACUAUGACAUGCUGAACGUGGCCUGUAUAGCCAUCAGCGUGCUGUUCAUGGCGGUGUGGUGGUACGUGCCCGAAUCGCCGAUAUUCCUCAUCCAGAAGAAUCGAAUGGAAGACGCGAGGCGGUCGCUCAUGUGGUUCCGGGGUAAGGACAACGACAAAGAUGUGAGCGAUGAGAUGGACUUGCUGAUGCGGCACAGCGACCAGACGACCAAGGCCACGCUGGCCGACUACAAGAAACUCGGCACGGUCAAGGCGCUGCUCAUCGGCCUGGUGUUCCAGGCGGGCACGCAGUUCAGCGGCAUCAACAUCAUACUUAUGUACACCGUGGACAUAUUCCAGAAGAGCGGCAGCACCUUGUCCCCGCACUCGUGCACCAUACUUGUGGGCGUGGUGCAGGUCAUCGGGUCCGCGAUCGCGUCGUGCACGGUGCACAGGGCCGGCCGCAAGUUCUGGCUGAUGGCCACGUACGGGGUCACCGCCCUGGCGUUGAUCACCAUCGGCACGUGUUUCUACGCCAACAAGGUAAACGCGGAGUUCAACACCGGCAUAGUGCCCGUGAUCAGCCUGUCGGUGCACGUGAUCGCGUUUUCGUUGGGCCUGGGUAUGGUGCCGUACAUCAUCUACACCGAAGUGUUCCCGGCCAACGUGCGCAACAUAUGCAUGUCCAUGCUGAUGUUCUUCAACAACGUGCUGGGCUUCACCAUCAUCAAAGCGUACCCGUCCAUGUCGGACGCGCURCACAUAUCCGGCUGCUUCUGGUUGUUCGGCGCCGUGUGCCUGGCCGUCGUGCCGUACACCUACCUGUUCGUGCCCGAGACCAAGGACAAGGCGUACGACGAGAUCCGCCGCGAGCUGCUGCUGUGGUUUCCGGACAGGCGGCGCAAUGGCAAGGCGGCGGCGGCGGCGGCGGCGGAAAAGGCGGCGGCGGCGGAAAAGGCGGCGGCCGUAGACCAGGUGGACGGCGGCAACGUGGUCGUGGUCGAAGCUAGUGAGAUGAAAGUCUGCAUGGGAAAGGAUCAGAGUUGCUUCACGACAACACUGCAGCCACACACGCGUGACAACGUCAAAUAAUAACCGGACACAUGGGGUUAUACGUUCCUGUACGUGUACACUGCCACGGCACGUACCUAUACACGAAUAAAGGCCACUACUAUAUAUUAUUAUUAUUAUUAUUGAUUAUUAUAUAUAGUGUCAAUAAUAUCUAUAAAUAUAACUGAUUUAUGUUUGGGGAGGGGGGAGGGAGAGUGGGAAAAUGUAAAAAAAAAGACGAGUAGAAAACCCUACCUUUUUUGUAUUUUUUGUAUUUUAUUCCACCAAG